CUACCACUGUGAUUGUGAACGUGGGACGUCUAUAAGAACAUUGAUACCGCCGUUAGCUAGCCACUCUAUCCCAUCUUGGAUAACCACUGUCUUCAUCCAGUCCACACCCCUCAGCACUCAGUAACCCCCAUACCGGCCCUAAUAUCUCUUUCAAUCUCAAUACCUGUCACCCAUCGAACAUCUCACGAUGGCAGAGGGUGGAGGUCUCACCGACGGCCAGAUAGUCGGCAUCGGCAUUGCUGUUGCUGCCGGCUUGUUGCUACUGCUUGUUCUGGGAUCCCUAUUGGCCGCAUGCAUUAGUGAAGUACGUUUCAGAAGACGGCACUGGAAGCGGGUGCGUUGGGAAAGGGAGGAGGAGCGUCGUCGGCAAUGCCAGGCUGUCUAUCCUGGCGCUCUGUCGAUUCAUGAGGCACCGGUAGACGUUAUGCCUGUUGAAGCCAUGCCGGAAGAGCCAGAGCCGGCUGUUAUCCAUGACGACUCAUACCGGUAUUAUUGUAAGGCUAGGGAUGCUGCGUCGGAGUCGGUGGCCCGCGACGACGGUCUCCCUUCCUACGACCCUCUCCCUGCUUACACUCCGGAUUCUGGCGGCAGCCACACAGGCGACGUGUGUCGUACUGAGUAUAGGAGGCCUGGGGAUGAUAACUGUUGAGAAUAAGGGAAAAAUUGUUUGUGUCUACUAGAUCGUCGUGCUAUCAACUCCUCGGUUCGCGGCAAUUGCAACCCCGCAGUCUAUCAACCCUUUACAAAUAAAC